AUGCACCAGCACACUGAUGCAGAAUCACUAAUAAACUACCUCAAGCUCUUCACACUCAUGUGGUUCAACUGGCUGAGCGUCACCCUCUUCGACGUACGCUUCAGCCUCGACAGCGUGUGGAGCCGCAUCCACAAAGCCAUUCAAUUCGGCAUCUUCACCGGUUUUGUGUACGCCGGCCCCGUCUUUGACAAGUACAACAACACAGGCGAUGGGACGUCUUACCGCAACUUUGCCAUUGUGCUGGUCAUUGGGAGACUGGCGAUUGCGAGUCAGUACCUUGUCGUCAUGUGGCAGGGUCGCAUGUUUCGCCAGACGGUGUUGCCGAUUGGACUUAGCGCGGGCGUGCAUGUUGGUGCGGCUGUUGGGGUUGUUAUUUGUAUUGCGGAGGGUCUUUGUAUUUUUCUUAUUGCUAUGGUGUGGCGGAUUAUUAGCUUCAAGUACACGCAUCUGGUGGAGCGGCUGCAGUUGCUUACGCUUAUUAUUAUAGGCGAAGGGAUUAUUGGUAUGGUGAAGAGCGUGUCUUGCAUCACGAAGGGGCAAUACAGCAAUAACAUGAGUGAGAUUGGGACUGUUAUAGCCGCCGUCAUUCUACUUUACCUCGUAUGGAUGCUAUACUUCGACCAACUCUCCCACGACCGCUUCGGCACCGUACGCCAGCAAAUAUGGGGCCUCCUCCACUACCCCCUGCAUUCCGCAAUCGUCCUCUGCGUCGAAGGCAACACCUCGCUGAUCGUCUGGAACUCGGCCGUCCAAGCCCUAAAACAUAUCUGGAGCAUGCAACCAGACGACUACGCCGAUCCAGCCGACGGCUACUCCACCACAAGCGAUUACCUGACCUACCUCACCCAAACCAUGCAUUCCGUCAACGCCACGUUCAAAGCAAAAACAUGGAGUGCAACAUACAACUGGACCACCAACUUUACCGCUAUCCAAACUUACACGUCUACAUAUGGCUUCAGAUCCGAGGAGUGGAAUAACCGCACCGGAGAUGUCGUACGCUACAUGUUCGACCGCGCGCAGGUGUUCGCCUACGAAGCGCACGCUGAUUCUCUUGCUAAGCUAAAUGCCGUCACGUCAACGACAUCAAGCCCCGGGGUUAAACUCACCGCUGUGUCGGACGUCUUCAACACUACAACCAUGCAAUUCUUCAUCGGCGCUGGCUGCAUGCUACUAGUGCUGGCGAUGAUGUACUGGUUCAACAAGGUGCACAAGACAAAUUCUAACCCUCGAUAA